UUCGGGUUUCUCUUAGGCACGUGUAACAGACAGGUGACAAAAAGGUGACGGGAAGUGGGUGCAUCACGUGGCCGCGAUAUUGGUCAGACCGAUAUUUUUGUCAGUUAUCAGUGCGCGUUGCGCACAACAGAAGGCACGGAAAAGUGUGCUAUCAAAAAAUAUAUUUUGAGCCAUCUGCAAAGGGACAAACAAUCGAACAAUAAAAAGAUUUUUAAGAUAUUGUAUUAUGCGAUGUUUAAUAACGUGAACCGCGCGCUUAAGUUUAAGAAUUUCUGAUCAUGGAUUCGUUUGCGACAAAAUUGAGAAUGACUAUUCGAUACGAUGCAAUCGGUACUACGUUGAUGCAAUUGAUUAAAUAAAUCGAAAUAAAUCAAAUUUAAUUUGAGUGCACUCUCGACCAAAUUAAAUUCUGUCGAGACAAAAUCGAAAACGGAUUAUUGAUUAGCGAAAGAUUGAAUUGUCGUUAAUUCAUUAAAAUCAAAUCGAUCGUGGUCGCGAAGUUUCGCAAUUAUAAGAAAAUGCGAGGAAACUUGAUCGUUUACAUCUGUGUAAAUAAAAUCUUGUUUAAUUAGCCAGCAAUUUAUAUAUAUUAAACUUGAUUCUACAGAGAAGGAAUUAUGGAAACGAUUGUCUUGUCAAUUUCAAACAAAGUCGUUGUAAACUAUCUUGUUAAUUUCGACACUUUUAUAUCAGAUGGAGAGAUUCGACCAGCAAAAUUUUUGCUAAAUAAUAUGAAAUAAAUUUUGUCUAUUAAAGAAAUGACGCGUGGAAUGCACGAUCGAAUGGCAUGUGAUUGAAAGAGCGUUUUCUUGGUUUUGGAUGUUUACGUGAUAAUGGCACAUCUGCUAACGUCAAAAUAUGCGAAUCUUUCUAUUUGAAAUUGGAUGGCAACUAUUCCGAGCGUGCUUCAAACUUUCAAUGAUUCUUCUCGCAAACUCGUGAGUCGCUACUCUUGGCAUUGCUAUAGACGCGUUCUUACUUUUGCCUUGCCAAUUCAUCGAAAAUUCAUUGUAAGAAAUUGCACGGAGUAUUGAGAAUAGAAUUCUAUGGCACAUCGUAAAUUUUCCAUCAAGGUAAUGAAAAGAGAACAAGCGCGACAUGUCGGCUUAUUAAAUAGAUUGACACAUAUAUUUUUUCUUAUUAAAUUUUUAUAUGAAUAAAUUUCUUCUGGAUUAAAGAUAUAUAAUAUUAUUUAUACAAUAUUAUUUAUUAUUUUUAUUAUUAUUCUAUACAAUAUUAUUUAUUUUGCGCGAUCAAUUUACAUAUAAAUCCGUUAAAUGUGAAAGCCACAAAACUAUGUUAAAAGAUAACAAGAAAGUUAAUGUAGGGCAAGAAAGUAAAAAUAUCCAGGUUCCCAGAUCUAGUCGAGGAUCAUAGAAAAUAAACAUUUGUUCGGAGCUUUUCGCAAAUUGACGUUCUUGACUAUCCGAGCUAUUCGAUCGAGGUUAAACGCAAAUCCCCUUUUAAAUGACGAAGCCAAUCAGGAUGUGUCGCGAAACGAAACUAUCUCUCGCAAUCUCUUUGAGAGCUCUUCCCGCAUCGAGGAAUAAUUAAUAAUGAAUGUAGCGAGAGACGAGAGACUUUAUGAUGUCACUUAACGUUUUCGAUUCGACUAAAGUGAUAGUUACCUUAAAAUUACUCGCGAAAACGGCGAGCAAGAUUGGCGACGCCAAACAUCGUGUGCCCUCGCACCCCCCAAUGCGAUCCCUAAUGGAUUUUCUCGAGCAUUUCGACACUCGGCGAUUCGUCGAAAUUCUGACCGCGAGAGUCGUCGUGGCAUCACGGCCGAAAGUACUGCCGACGUAAAAUUGAAAUUCCUCCUACGAUAAACGCAAGAGGGAGACGGACGUGACGAGCGCUUUUCUGGGCGAUCCGUUCUUGCAUGUAAGGCCUGUAAAUAUGUAACUUAAUCGGGGAAGCGCGGCGAACCGCCGGGAAGUGGAAGUACGUGAUAGCGUAAACUUACUCGAGUGUACACGGGAUACGUGAUCGCGAGGGGAUUUAGUAGCAGCAGCUGGCUUGAAAAGUGGAAAAGGACGCGGCUGUGGCGGACGAGAAGGUAGAGGAAAGGUGACGUCACAUUUUCACCUCGCGCUUAUACAUACGAGAAAAAAAGAGAAAAAUUUCCAACGAUGCCUACCGUCGCAUUUGAAUUGAAUUCGUCCUAUUACACGACGGCGAUUGGCAACAGUGCGCUCGAUGGAUUCUCAGUAAUCGAGCCGGAGAACGCCACUUCCGCGCUGUACAUGCUGCCAGCCUACAUCCGAACGACUUCGAUGGUAACCUGCAUUAUCGUGAUGGUACUGGGUAUAAUAGGCAACCUGAUGGUGCCGUUAGUCGUCCUGCGGGGUAAGGACAUGAGGAACAGCACGAACAUCUUCCUGGUGAACCUGAGCGUCGCCGAUCUCUGCGUCCUCGUGAUCUGCACGCCUACUGUGCUGAUCGAGGUCAAUUCCGGACCGCAAAUUUGGCCCCUUGGCAGGCACAUGUGUAAAGCUGUUCCGUUCGUCGAGUUGACUGUGGCACACGCUUCGGUCCUUACAAUUUUGGCUAUUAGCUUUGAACGAUAUUAUGCCAUCUGCGAGCCUUUAAGAGCGGGAUACGUCUGCACAAAAGCGCGGGCGACUAUUCUUUGUAUCUUGGCGUGGGUGGCAGCGGCGCUAUGUACAAGUCCGAUAUUGCUAAUGGUAACCUACGAGAUGGAGGAGAACGACGACGGUUCGUACAUCCCUACUUGUACAACGUCACCUUCGAUGGAAUGGAUGACGGGCUUCAUUCUGACGACCAUCGUGGUAUUCUUCGUGAUUCCCCUGCUGAUCUUGAUAGUCCUAUAUUCGGUGAUCGCGAGACACCUGAUGGCGAAUCCGACAAUAAGUCGUGGACCGGCGAACAACCUGCUUAAAUAUCGCAAGCAGGUAGUCCUGAUGCUGGGCACGGUGGUGCUGUGCUUCUUUCUGUGCCUGUUACCCUUUAAAGCUUUUACCCUCUGGAUCAUCAUCACGCCACCUAACAUAGUCGUCUCGCUGGGCAUAGAGGGCUACUACAGCCUUCUGUAUUUUUGUAGAAUAAUGUUGUAUUUGAACUCGGCGAUCAAUCCAAUCCUUUACAAUUUGAUGUCGACCAAAUUCAGGGAGGGUUUUCUCAGACUGUGUGGCCUGGGGCCUACUAGACGGAAAAAGAAGAAGACGUCGGAACGUACGGGCACCUAUACGACCGGAUCGACCAAUUGCAGCAGCAAUCACUCGGACUUUUGGCGAAGACACAGCAGCAACAAGAGCUGCACCGUCAAAGUACCAUGCAAUGAUCAAGCACCUGCGGACAAACAGAUUAAAUUGCCUUUGCUUACCGCCGUCGUGGCCGGAAGUAUCGUUAAGAAGAAGCAGGAAAGUUACGUUUGACUUUUCAUAGGCCAGACUGAUUUAGAACGCUUUAUCUUGUCGCUCUGUCUUGCGACUUUUUGGAACUUUCCGUUUUAUAUCAUCUUGCGAAAUUAUAAUUGAAUAUUCGAGCAUUAUUUAUCAAGGUGACUAUAUAUUUUAAUGAAUACUUUGCGUAUAAUGACAUAAUUUAUUAAGCACAAUCCGUUAAACGAUUAAAUACGGAUCUAUAAAUUGCGCAAUAAUGGAACUGGAUGUUCUCUUGUCCCUCGAUAUACUCCAGUUCUUUUUGUUGUCUUACUAUCCCGGUAUUUCCAUAUUUGUAUAUGUGUGAUUACAUAAAUAAUUUAUUAAAAUUAAAUAAUUAAUGAUAGACUAUUUAUAGAUUUUGUAGCAAUGGCUAUGGAAUAAUUGUUAAUUAAAUGUUCACUGAAUGUUACUACGUCAGCGUUAAAUUAGAUGCGAUUCACAAGUCCAAACGAGAUUAGAGUACAAUAAUUGUACUAGAUAUUCGCUGUGACGAGAUCAUGUUAUAUGAUUUUAGUUCCUCGAUUUUAUACGUAACAUAUACAUGUUGUACAUAUAUAUAAUAUAGACCUAUAAACUACGUAACACGGUAAGUAGAAAUGGUUCUGCCAACAAUUAAGAAAUGCAUAGGAAAAGUAAAGAGCGCAAUUAUUUGUUCCUAAAUAUUUUAACUUAAAUAUUGUGAUACAUUUAAUUUAAAGAUUUAAUGGAGUAAAUAUGUAGGCAAACGAGAACUAAAUAUAGUAGGCAUAGAAAAAAUGCGCUCUUAUGCAAAUAACGAAUUUAUUUUUAAUGAUUUUUCUCAUAUCUUGCUUUUUAACAUUUUUGCAUUAGCAUUGAAAUCGUUUUGUUGUAUGUAUUUUAGGAAUAAAAAAUUCGCUAUUUCACCGAUGGAAUCACAAAUAAAAUUCGAUGAUGAAGCAAGAUGUUAUUCAAAGUGAAAGCAAAAUCGUAAAUUUUGUAUAUAAAGUCAGAAUUAAAUUGCAUUUUAAUUUGAUGCGACUUUGUUAUCGAAUAUAGUAGUUAUAAUGUG